AUGCUUUGUCAAGGAAGAUUAAGUCCCACAAGAGAGAAAUAUGCCACGGAACAAAAUCUUAUUCAUGGGUCAAUUAGCAAUAUAAAACUAAAACUUGAAGAUAUACAAGAUGCUCAUAACAAGAUUAAAAAUCAAAUUAUUGCUACCCCUCUACUUGAAGCUAAAUAUAUUGGGAAGUAUUUUUGUAAAGUUAUGUUUAAAUGUGAAAACUUACAAACAACUGGAAGUUUUAAAGCCCGAGGAGUUUGUAACUUAAUUGCAAAUAUGGAAACUUCUGAGAGGAGCAAAGGUAUUACUGUAUGUGGAGGCCGUAAUUUUCUAGCCGCUAUCAGCUAUUACGGAUUGCAAAACUCGAUUCCUAUUAAUAUAGUUAUACCAAGGGAUGCUCCUUUAGCCGACAAACAGCGAUAUAGGGAGAGUUCAGCUAUUGUAAAGUGCCUUGGUUGUGACGCGACUGAGGCAGGUUUGCAUGCUCUGACUUUUAGCAGAGAUGUUGGCUCCACGUUUGUGAGGAGUACCGAUAAAUUGGAAUUAUUAGCUGGAUACGGCACUGUUGGACUAGAGAUCCUCACGCAAGUUGAUCAACUAGAUGCAGUAUUAUGCCCAGUGGGUAGUGGAGGCCUUGUUGCAAGUGUUCUACUUGCAAUUAAAACCCUCAAACCCAAUUGUUUAAUUUAUGGUGUUGAAUGUUCACUGUCGCCAACCGUGACUAAAGCAUUGCAGGAAAAGAAGCCUGUUCCGAUACAGACAAAACCAAACAUAGCAGAUAGCUUGUCUGAAAUGAUUACGGGCACCAACUCAUACAACAUCAUACGUGGUUACCUCGACAAAAUGAUUACUGUUGAUGACACUUGGAUUUCGCGGGCCAUGGUGAAAUUGUUUGAGCGCGAGAAAAUGUUUGUAGAGGGCGCUGCUGCAUGUCCGGUUGCAGCCAUGCUGGCGGGAAAAGUGCCGGAGCUUCGUGGGAAAAAUGUUGUGGUUAUAUUAUCGGGUGGCAACAUUAACAGUAAUCGCAUCGCGCGGGUAAUUGAGCGUGGUUUACUCGCAGAAGGCAGAUUAUUAAAUUUAACAGUUACAAUAAAUGAUUCGCCCGGUUCAAUCGCAAAGCUCAUUGGUAGAGUAACAGAUGCAGGCGCUGAUAUAAGAAGUAUUUCAGAAACAAAAUCGCCACAAAGAGACCUGUCAAUAAAGGAUGGCCGUGAUGAGGAUUUGGAACAACCUCAUAUUCUGUCAUUUCACGAAAUAAAAGAAGCCGCUGAGAGAAUUGACGAUGGAAUUAUUCAUACACCCCUCUGCGAGGCAAAAAUAAGCAAACAAAUGGACUAUAAUAUUUAUUUCAAAUGCGAAAAUUUGCAAUACACCGGCAGCUGUGCGGAACGUGGAAUUCGCAAUGCAUUUGUGGCGAAUGCAGCAGAAAUGCGUGAAAGGGGCGUGAUAGUGCCAUCUAGCGGUAACAUGGGCUUAGCCGCCGCUUACCACGGUACUCCUUUAGGGAUUCCGGUAACCGUAGUGUUACCAGAAAGAGUUGCUCCCGCGCAUUCCCUUCGCUGUUCAGAAUUCGGUGCGGACGUGGUACACCAAGGAGAAAAUAUUGAAGGCGCUUAUUACUAUGCCCAAAAAGCUGCCAGAGAUAGCCAACAAAUGUUAUUAUGCUCAGACGAUCCUAUGGUGAUGGCGGGUCUUGGCACCAUUGGGGUGGAAAUCAUAACUCAGCUUCCAGAAACAGAUGCUGUUAUAGUACCAGUAGCUACUGGAGCCUUGUUGGCCGCUGUUCUUGUCGCUUGCAAAAAGCUUAAGUGUUCAUGUCUAGUUUAUGGUGUGGAAUGCGUUAAGGUUCCAAAAAUGAUGAAAGCAUUACAAGCUGGAAGGCCAGAGAGCACUGCAAUUGUAGCCAACUUGGCACAAAAUCUUAAUGCAGCCAUUGUAGGGACCAAUGCGUUUGCUACCAUUAACGGGCGAUUGGACAGAAUGUUAUUAGUCGACGAAUGUUACAUAGCUAAAGCUAUAGUAAGUAUGGUGGAACGCGAACGCUUAGUAGCAGAUGGCGCUGGAGUUUGUUCUCUAGCUGCUGUUAUGCAGGGGUUGGUCCCGGAGUUGAGAGGAAAGAGAGUUGUAUGCGUAAUAAGUAGCGGGAAUAUUGAUUCGGGGCGCUUAGCGCGUUCUAUUCAGCGCGGUUUGGGUGCGACCGGCCGCCUACUUCGGUUUGGAGUUGCUGUACCGGACCAUCCGUCUGGUUUGGAACAACUGGCAAAGACAAUCGCUGACGAACAGGCAGUUAUGAAAAGCCUCGUUACUGAGCAGAUGUGGGUUCAUAGCGAUGUUCUUGUUACUUGGGCAAACAUUGUUGUUGAAACAGCCGAUGAAGUACAUUCUGCAAAUCUGAAGGAUAAACUGCGUGAACGAUACCCAUCUACGAGAUUUGCUAUGGAUCUUGAUAAUAAACACAAAGUGAAUAUACGAUAG